GGGUGCAGAAAUUUUUUUUGGGCCCUCCCCGCCAUGAGCUCCUACGUAGCCAAUUCAUUCUAUAAGCAGAGCCCCAAUAUCCCUGCCUAUAACAUGCAAACUUGUGGGAACUAUGGAUCGGCCUCAGAGGUGCAGGCAUCCAGGUACUGCUACGGUGGAUUGGACUUAAGCAUCACUUUCCCACCGCCUCCGCCUUCCAACUCUCUCCACGGGGUAGACAUGGCUGCCAACCCCCGGGCUCACCCCGACCGCCCCGCCUGCAGCGCCGCGGCCGCUCCGGGACACGCUCUGGGCAGAGAUGAAGCGGCUCCUCUGAACCCCGGGAUGUACAGUCAGAAGGCGGCUCGCCCAGCGCUGGAGGAGCGAGCUAAGAGCAGUGGGGAGAUCAAAGAGGAGCAGGCGCAGACAGGGCAGCCCGCCGGACUGAGCCAGCCACCGGCCCCGCCACAGAUUUACCCGUGGAUGACCAAACUGCACAUGAGCCACGAGACGGACGGCAAGCGGUCCCGAACCAGUUACACGCGCUACCAGACUCUCGAACUGGAAAAAGAAUUCCACUUUAACCGCUACCUCACUCGCCGCAGGCGUAUAGAGAUCGCCAACAACUUGUGUCUCAACGAGAGACAGAUCAAGAUCUGGUUCCAGAACCGCAGGAUGAAGUGGAAGAAGGAUUCCAAAAUGAAAAGCAAAGAGGCUCUUUAGAGGCAGCGGGGAGGCCCGCAGAUAGCACCCCGAGCCCGCUUUGGUCCCCGCGCCUUUCCUUUUCGGUUUUCCUCUCUAUAAUUUGGGGGCAAGGACGGGGGCGGCAGCACCGGCUCCGGGGCCUCACAGACAAAAGCUCUUUCCCUUGGCAUUCCGCAUCCCCACCGACCCCUUUCCCGAGGGGCUAUCCGCGCUGCUUGGACUCCCUCCAGUUCUGCUCAGCACCAGGGGAGGGUGGCGGGCAGGGCAAGCUCUGCGGGGGUUCCCCAGAGGGCUUUGGGAUCCCGGUUGG